AUGGCUCCGCCAUCUCCCCGACGUUCGUCUAGAGCUCGCGCGACCACUUCCCAGUCACAUCAUUCAUCAUCUUCUUCAUCCGCGUCUGGUCGCGCCGAGCGAAAUGCCAGGUCGCUGAACAAGACCCCCUCUGCAAAGUCGACACCAAGUGCUUCGCUAUCCUCAGAACCCCUCGACGAUCCCGAAGAUACCCUCCUCGGGCGACGACGCAAGCGAGGCCAAGAAGACGAUCCAGAUAAGCCCGUCGGCCCAGACACUCUAGACAUGGCGAAUGGCAGUGACGGCAUCCUCGACGAAGAGGACGAGGCCGUCAGGUGCCCUUGUGGCUCUGAAGAAUAUCCGGGACGUCCACUUGUGGAUAGUCCGGACGCCGAAUUCUUUGACGCUAUUGAAUUCACCGAAGACGUUACCGGCUUCUUCGUUCAGUGCGACAUUUGUAAAGUUUGGCAGCACGGCGCCUGCGUCGGCAUCUUCAGCGCCGAGAGCUCCCCUGAUGAAUACUUUUGCGAGCAAUGCCGCAAAGAUCUUCACAAAAUCUACAUUGCAAACAAUGGACAAAAAUACUCCAAAUACCUACCACUCUAUAGACAAUCGCGGCCGAGCUCACGAGCAGCGUCGGUGACAAAAGACCCUCUACGAUCCCCAAAGAAUGGGACCAAAACUUUACGUCCCAAUUCCGCGUCGCAGACUUCAAAGCGCAGGUCCACUAUGAACAGUCGCGAUGCUGCCUAUGAUGAUGAGCAACUGCGCCGGGCGAUUGAGGCGAGCAAGGAGGAGAAUCCUCUUGACAGCGAAGAUGCUUCAUUACGACGAACGAAGAGGGGCCGUAGCGACAGCGAAGAGCACGCCCCAAGCGUAAAGCGACAACGAACAGGCUCUAAAUCGGAGUCUCCCAUACCCGAGCCCGCCGAGGAACCCACCAUCGAACCUUCGGACGAUGAGGGACAGUUACGAAAUGGUUCGAAAAAGUCUAGAGUUGUAAGAAACCAGAAGGAGCGGUCGGAUAAAGAUGAAAAAGAACGACAGCGUCUAGAGGCGGCUAGCAAACGAAAAGGACGCGCCGAGCGACGACGUGCUGAAGAAGAUUCAGAACCAUCCGACGAUAUUCCAACAACGGUACCAACAUCAAAAGUUCAACCGAAGAAGGAAGAAGAAAUCCCAGUGGUUGAGGAAACACCUCCAGCACCGCAGCCCACCCCUGGUACACCACCACCAAGCCAUGCGACGGUUGGAAGCUCGCAUAAGCGGGGUGCGAGAAAUAACCAUAAAAAGGGCAAAGGGAAAAAUCAAUAUACCAAAGACCGAGAUGGAGAUCGUGACGACUCUCCAGCACGGUCAAUGUCGCGCGAUAUUCAGAAGAUUACCGACGAGACACCGAGCCAGGUCACCAAAGCUACCACACAUGAAAGUAAAGCCUCGAAACAUAAAUCAGCCAUGGCGAACAAAAUGAGCAUGCCUGAUAUGAAACGUCGCGUCGCGGCCAUCUUGGACUUCAUCUCAAGAACCCAGGUAGAUCUUGCUGCAGAAGGCAGUCUUGGCUCCAGCAGCAACUCUAGCAGUGGCGACAGAUCUCCUGAAAAGUCACAGACAAAUGGCGACUCAGACAGGUCAGGCAUUACCGUCGAUCGCAGUGCAUUGAUAAACUCAGACCAACAGUUCAGAGACUUGAAUUGUGUUGAGAUGAUGGAUGUCUUGACACGAGAUAUGGUCAAAUGGCAAAACCAGUAUACAUAA